UUUCUUCUCUCACUCAGUCAGUGUUGAGAAGGCAGCAAGAACACCCGUGAGUGUCGGCAUUUACCUGUCAAGAUACGGAAUAACGCACCACCUUAACAUUUGGAUUAUUUCUAGUUUCGACUAGCAAACUGCUAAAGAUUAUCUCCACGGUCCAGCCAUGGGUGUGACCGGGGCGGCAUGGAGGGGAGAGGGGGAUUUAAAUUUCCCUUUCGUCCCAACAGCGUCUUUUGAUUUGAAGUAAACGGUGCACCACAGCAGGACCGAGCGGUGUUUUCUUGACAUCUUUGACUGACUUAAAAGUUGUUGUUCGUCGAUUUCGGAACAGCAGAAUCUUUAUACACGGGUUUGCUUGUUUUUGUUGAUAUUUUUUGGAGUAUUUUUUUCCGUGUUUUCCUGGAGAGCGGAGGUGGCGAACUGAGAGCGGCUCAUCGAGUCGGGACUGACCACUGGAGUUGGUCCUGAAAAUGGAGGCUGUUAUCGAGAAGGAAUGCAGCGCGCUUGGAGGACUCUUCCAAACUGUUAUCACAGACAUGAAGAGCAGCUACCCUAUUUGGGAGGACUUUAUCAACAAGGCUGGCAAACUGCAGUCGCAGCUCAGGGCGACGGUGGUCGCUGUGGCUGCUUUCCUGGAUGCCUUUCAGAAAGUGGCUGACCUGGCUACCAACUCACGAGGUGGGACCAAAGACAUUGGAUCAGCGUUGACCAGGAUGUGUAUGCGACAUCGCAGCAUAGAAGCUAAACUAAAACAGUUCUCCAUGGGCUUCCUGGAGGGUCUGAUCAACCCUUUACAAGAACAGAUGGAGGAGUGGAAAAGAGGAGUCAACACGUUGGACAAGGACCAUGCUAAAGAGUAUAAAAGAGCCCGGCAAGAAAUAAAGAAGAAGUCCUCGGACACAUUGAAACUUCAGAAGAAAGCAAAGAAAGCUGAUAAUCUAGGUCGUGGUGAUAUCCAACCCCAGCUGGACAGCGCCAUGCAGGAUGUCAGCGAUAAAUACAUUCUGCUGGAAGAGACAGAGAAGCAGGCCCUGAGGAAGGCUCUCAUAGAGGACAGGCAGAGGUUCUGCUGCUUCGUAGCCAUGCUGCGGCCUGUAGUGGAUGAGGAGAUUUCCAUGUUGGGAGAGGUCACCCAUCUCCAGGCAAUCUCUGAUGACCUCAAAGCCCUGACCUCUGACCCACACAAGCUUCCCCCUGCUAGUGAACAGGUGAUCCUGGACCUGAAGAGCUCAGAUUACGGUUGGUCAUAUCAAACGCCACCCUCAUCCCCCAGCACCACUAUGUCCAGGAAGUCUAGCAUGUGCAGUAGUCUGAACAGCGUUAACAGUAGUGACUCCAGGGGAUCCAGUGGCUCUCACUCUCAUUCUCCUUCCUCCUCUUCUUCCUCCUCUUCCUCACACCACCUCUUCCACCACCAUCACCCCCGCCAUCGGUACCGUAGCUCCACGCUACCCCAGCAGGCCCCAGCCCGGCUCUCUAGCAUCUCCUCCCACGACUCGGGCUUCAUCUCUUCAUCACACGACCAAUACACAUCGUCCAAAUCAUCCUCGCCCAUGCCAGCUGAAACAAAGCCUUGUCCCAGUUCCAGGUCCUCUGAGGUAUCAGAGACUGGGCAGCUCCACAGUGACUGCAGCUCCCCCUCUCCUCUCGCUGCUGCUAGUGCGCCUCAGCACACUACUGACAAGUUGUCCAAUGGUUUUGACCACUACAGCCCGGUCAGUUCCCCCUACAUGCAUAGUAACGGGGGAAGUUUGGGCUCAGGGUCAGGCACUGCCUUCCCCUUCUUCCCGACUUCCCCCUCAUCCCACACCACCUCCUCCUGCCCCACUCGCUCAUGGUCACGUCCUACCUCAGCCUUGCUGCCAGACCAAACUCAUCCCUGCAUGCUGGGCUCCCCAAUGGUGCCUUCAUCACGAGUCCCCAGCUGGAAGGACUGGGCUAAGCCAGGCCCUUAUGACCAGCCCAUGGUCAACACACUAAGGAGGAAGAAAGACAAGGAGAUGCCAGCUGUUGUGGACAGUAAUGGUAGUGUGAGUAAUGACAGCAGCCCGUCAUCAGGCCCGGCCUCCAUCUUGACCUCUGCACCAGCUCCGGCUGCACUACAAACAUCAGCAUCAGUAGAGGAGAAGAACAGAGCUGUGGCUGCACCUCUCAAGGCUGGUGAUAUUGAGGCCCAUGAGGAACUGGCUCUGGCUCUAUCCAGAGGUCUGGAGCUGGACACCCAGAGGUCCAGUCGAGACUCUAUUCAUUGUUCCAGCGGCUACAGCACGCAGACCAACACACCCUGCUGCUCUGAAGACACAAUACCAUCACAAGUGUCAGACUAUGACUAUUUCUCAAUGGCCGGAGAUCAGGAGCCUGAGCAGCAGCACUUGGACUUUGACAAGUCGUCCACCAUCCCCAGAAACAGCGACAUCAGUCAGUCCUACCGACUCAUGUUCCAGAGCAAACGGCCAGCCUCCACAGCCGGCCUGCCCAGCACACAGACUCCUUACCACGGACAGGGGGCCUACCCUCCAGGGCCCUAUCCCCCCACACCUGUCCACACUGGGGCUUAUCCUCCUACUCCUACAGGCUCGUGCUCAGGUCAGGGAUUUUACUCUGGAUCAAGCUCCCAUAAUCCAUCUGGCUCUUAUUCUACAAGCCACGGUCCAGUUAUCGUCACCCCUGGGGUUGCCACAAUCCGACGCACCCCCUCUUCAAAACCGUCCGCCCGGCGGUCAGGCUCAGUUGUGGGCACCGGCCCCAUCCCGAUUCGUACGCCUAUGAUCCCAGUAAAAAUCCCCACGGUGCCUGACAUGUCCGCAGCAGUUAACGGGAGCAGGAGUGCAGAGGAGAUGGGAGGAGGAAGAGGAGAAGAGAGCCCAGACUCUCCAACAUUUGCAGGAGGGGAGGAUACUGGCACGCUGCCUGUGAUGUCCUGGAGCGGUCAGGCUACGACCAAUCCUCCCACUGUUCCCCUGCCCAACCAGCAGCAGCAGUACCCUCACAGCGAGACAGGGCAGGAAGGAGGAGGAGACGAGGGAGAAGAGUUAGAGGGCAACAUGCUGGUGGCUAUCCGCAAGGGAGUCAAGCUCAAGAGAACCCUCACCAACGACCGCUCCGCACCACGCAUAGCAUGAUGACAUGAGCUCACAUCACAGAAGUGAGGCUCUCCCUUCAUUGUGUUUGUAAAUGAGGUUAAAGGCUUUAGAAAAAUUGAUGCUAGAAAGGCGGUGUACAGAAUCAAAAGGCCUCUUACGCUAGUCUGAGAAAUGUAUUCUGUUCUACAUGUAGCGUUUCUCAUUCUGUAAAUCUUCCCCUGUGAGAAUCCCUCACUGCAGAAGCCAUUUAUAAUGAUCCAGUACAGAAAUAUAUAGAUAUGUAUUGAUCAGGUUGACAUUUUCUGAUUUGGCUCAUGAUGCGUCAGAAAUUCUGUGAAGCUAGGUAUGGUGAAAUAUUGGUGUGGACCUAAAGCAGAUGACAGGCCCACUUCAGUCAAGUAAUUAUACGAGCCUUUAGGAGUACAAGGACAAGACCUAGUUUCUUAUACAGGUCCUCGAAAAGCACUAAAAUGUUUUGCAAAUUCGAGCCCAAUGACAACGUAAAACACAAGGAUGUUUUUUGCAUUACACCACAAUAUGUUCAUUUCUAUAAGAGGACAGUUAAGACGUAUUUUACACACAUGUAUCCAGUAUUCUUCCUGAAGCCGAGGGUUGGACAAGGAUGAUGUGUCUGCCUCCUCUCAGUGUAAAAAGACGCUGUGUAAUAUGUGUGAAUUCUCAUCACUUAGAGCAUCGUUGGACAAAUAAGCGCUCUAACUGUCUAGUGAUUUGGCAGAAGGAGCGCAAUAACCAAUGCAAGUACUUCACAGCAUCAAGAGAGCAAUAUUCAGACGCACCAGAAAGCAAUGGCUCCAGUGGUCGGAUUCUGAUUGCACCAUUUGGCAUCUCCUGCUUUGUGUUGACUGCUUACUUGGAGGGACGCCCUGAUGGCUGCAGGAAGGUGCUGCGUUGUCAAAACUAAAUACAGUUUGUCCACAACAGAGGCAGAGGAGUGCCCAACAGAGAGAGCUCCUCAAAAAGCAAAUGAGUUUGGGAGACUACAGUGUGACUAAAGCGUCACAUGGUUGAUGCCAUGACAUUAAGAGACACUACAAGUUACGUCCUGUUUUAGUUUUAGCAUUUACAUGAUUUGUAAAUAAUUUUUCACGUCUCAGUCGGUGCUUCUCGCUCCCCAUUUUUCUUUCUGCUCCUCCACUGUGCCACAGUCGUUAAGUUUCACAUCUUUGAACAGGAUGUUUAUUAAUUUCACGUAAUGAUCGUCAAAGCCCAUUACCUUUGGAUGUGAAUUGGUUUUAUAUUUCAACAUUUCUCCCCAGUAUGAAUCUCAUUUAAUCUACAAUAUCUACAUGCUGAGCUUUGUAGAACUCCUCAGUGGUUUAUGUUUAUAUAUAUUAGCCCUUAUAUAUAUAUUAGCCCCUUCUUUUUUGUAGCAUUUAUUAGCCAUACUUCAACCUGCUGCUCAUAACAUUACUAAUAAAUGUCAAAGUACAGAUGUGCCAUGUCAAAAACUCAAUAUUAAUUCAAAUUUAUAUGUGUUAUUAAACAUUUUAUAGACGUUAAUGAGGACACAUAUUUUUGAUGUUUUAAAGUUAGAAAGCUGUAACGCCAUAUUGGUUUUGUUAUUCUGUCUGGUUGCUGUUAUAUUGAACUCUUCUGUCUUCUUUGAAACGCAUGUAGCAUGCAUGCUUGUUUCCUUUUGACUUACUAGGUUUUUACAUCCGUCAUUUCCAGUUCUGGUGAGUUUUUGCAAUAUCAAAAGGUGACAAGUCCAGUACGUACAGACAUGAAACACAUAAAAAUCCACUGUAUAAUUUAAGAAGCACAUCACAAUAGGUACAGUUUAAAAUAUUCUGUUUUUAUUUGGAGAUGUAAGGCUUUUCUUCAGACUGCAGCAUUGUAAGACUAUAGGCUGAAACUGACUUAUAGUCUGUAUUUGAAUUAGCUUUUCAGUUGAAGCACUGUGAGACCAUGGCUACUACAAGAUGUAUGAAACUGUAAAUGUUAUUUAGCUACACAAGUUAGUCCAAGAACUCACACGUUUUUAAUUUAUUUUCUCCUCUUAAGUCUUUAAAUCUUUUUUUUUUUUCCUCAUCCUAUUUUUAUACGUAUAUAAAGUAUCAGAGUUAAUAGAGUUGUUUUCUCUAUCCAUGCAUGUACUAUCUAAUGAUGUGUUGUUUCACCGGUGAAAUGUCGGCGACCGUCCUGCUACGAUUCUUUUAAGUCCCAUAUUUCACACAUUUGCAUAAUUGCACUGCGUUUUAAAAAUUUGCAUAAAAGCUUGCUGGUUUAAAAAGUGAACAGCAGCUACAACCAAGUGUGUUCCUCGGACUUUUACAAGUCUGAAAUGUGUUUCAAAAGUUAAGUAAGUUUUGGUUUUAUAACAGAGAGGCCUGCAUCAGUAUUAUGGGUUCAGAUUUUGGGACAAAUGGUAUUUGCAUGAUGCAGAGUUCACUUCAGUUCAGUCAAGACGGUGCAUUUUCUUCUGAAUGAGUUUGUCUGAAUCAUCAAUUUAUCAUUUGUACAAAUAAAAAAUUCUGUUCAACACAUAUUUUGGAGCGACUGAGCUGAGAGUGGACUGAUAACUGCCCUGAAAUUAGGUUUGCAGGAAGAGAUAAUGACAUGCAAACUUGAGCUGUCUCCAAGGGUAAUUUAAAUUUGAAUGCUUGUACCCCAGUUACAUACAACUGAUAGGAAGUAAAAUGUUCUUGAGCAUCUUAUCUUAACAUGUUUGAACAAAUGACACGCUGCCCACCAUGUCUGACCUGAGUGCUCCAGAGACAUCUAAGCAUGAAAACCCAGUUUGUUUCUAUAUUUUAAACAGGUGUCUUAUAUAUUAAUGAAAUAGCAAGGUACAAUAGGAGGAAUGACAGCAGAAGAAUGGAUGACAAAAGCAAAGAUAUCAUUUUUGUCCCUGAAUUAAACCCACAGUUUGAACAGGGGAAUGUAUCACAGACCACCUGCAUACAGAUCACCCCUGUGCUGUUUGAUUUCAACACAGCAAAGAUAAUGUCACAGCUUAGAUGUUUCUGGAAGCUCAGCAUUCAGCUCUUGAUAUUGUUCAUGAUGUUAAUAUUUGCAUUUGUGUUUUGGCCGUCCACCUGUCUAAAACUUAUACUAUCAACCUGUAAUUUCCAUAUUUAAAUUGCUAGCAUAAAUAUAUAUAUUAUAUCAGAGUUGCCAGUAUAUCCUAUGAAUAAGAAGUCUAUAGUUUGUGAGGAUUUGAAAGUACGAUUAAACCUGGUCUCUAGUUUAGUUCCUAGCUAAUUAUCCCCCCUGAGGAGAGUUGACCUCUCCGUCUGUCCCUGUACAGCUCAACAGGCUACGAUGCAGUUUGUUUCAGGAAGUUAAAGGUUGUUAUUUUUUGUGUAAUGACAGCUUUAGCAAUAUAAUAAAAAUAUAAAUUUUGCUUUGA